AUGAAGUUCGCCAUUGCAUCCGUAAUCGCCUCGCUCCUGCUCGUCGAGACCUCCGCUGACCUCGGUUUUAGCUGCUCAAGAGUUUCCUCCAUUACGUGCGAGAACCCAAGCCUGCCUCUAGUUUGUGCAAGCAAUGGCGUCACCUACCAGAAUGGAUGCGAGUUCAACAAGGCCAACUGCGACAAUAAGGGCAUGAGAAUCCUGCACGAGGGCAUGUGCAGUAGAAGCGAGGGUGGCCGGCGUUUAAGAAACGCUCAGGCUUGA